GUUCAUAAGAAAUUUGUGGUAUGAGAAUCAGAACUCAUUAUGUCUAUAUGAUCAUAAGAAAUUUGUGGUAUUUAGUAGAUAUGAUGUCUAUACUCUAUUUUUGCUACUUGGGCAUUGAGUUUGAAACUUUUGUCUCUUAUUGUCUUGCAUAUAAGUUAGGCUUACAUUUACUGUUGGUUGCUAUUGAGCCUCUAUGAUUUUGCAUUGCUUUUGGAUUAAUUUUAUGACUUUUUCCGGAUUAGGUAUGACCGUGCAAACAAGCAUGGAUAAGAAAUUGAUAUGCUUCUUUGAGAAGGUGUAGGUAGCAUCCAGUGAGGACACAAAAUCUGUAUAUGUUAUUAGCAGGCCAGCAUGCUUGUACAGUUCAACAUCCAUUUGUCCAUAGAAUGCGCAUAAGUAUGAUAUGGAUGCUGCAAUAGAUGACUUAGCUUUGAAAGAAAAUAUGGCAUAAGACAUCGAUUUGCUUCUGUGUGAAGGUAUGAGUUGCAUAUAUUGAGGUCAAGCUUUGGGAUAGAGGCCAAUUACUGCUCCUGUGAGAGUAGCAAUAUUAUUGCAGUCAAAGGAGUUCGUGAAGAAUGCAAAAAUGAAUAUGAUCAAAAUCAGGCUGAUGGCUUAUUAUUCUAGUGAGAAUAAAGGAAAAAGCACACUGGCGUGCUCUCUAAGUAGAGAACUCCACUCCAGGGGAAAGCUGUCCUACAUCCUUGAUGGAGAUAACCUUCGGCAUGGACUAAACAAGAACCUUGGUUUCAAACCAGAAGAUCGGACUGAAAAUAUACGCAGAGUUGGGGAAGUUGCAAAACUCUUUGCGGAUGCUGGUUUGAUUUGUAUUGCCAGUCUCAUAUCUCCAUAUAGAAAAGAUCGAGAUGCUUGCCGUGCGAUGUUACCAGAUGCGAAUUUUAUUGAGGUUUUCAUGAACAUGCCUCUAGAAUUAUGUGAAGCAAGAGAUACAAAAGGCCUUUACAAGCUUGCACGUUCUGGAAAGAUCAAAGGUUUUACUGGGAUAGAUGAUCCUUAUGAACCACCAUUGAGCUGUGAGAUUGAAAUACAACAGAAAGAUGGGGUUUGCGCUGCGCCAGGUGCCAUGGCUGGGCAAGUAGUGUCUUACCUGGAGGAGAAAGGGUAUCUUCAAUGUCAGUGAUUGACCACACUACAACUAAUGUUCGUGUGAUCUCUUGUAAUUGAUUACUCAAAGUAUAUAGGAUGUCAUUUCAAACACAUGGUAGGCUGCUUAAACACACCUUCAGGCUAUGAAUAGAGAAUAGUGGGCUCAAAGUACUUAUCUGAACAUUUUGAAAUGAAGAAUAUGUCUAGAUUGGUAGGGUAUGGGAAAUUUGGGAUCCAUCCUGUUAACUUAGUGACAUCUAGUCAUAGCUCAUUACCAACCAUCAUUUUUUGUGGAACCCAUGGGAAUCUUAGUUUCAGGUUAUCCAAAAAUGUGUCAACUGUAUGUUGGAGAUGGUUCUACAAAGUACACAUAAUUAUGUAUAUCAUAUUUACCUCAAUUUAAAGUUCACAAGUUUCUUUUA